AUGGGGAAAAGAUACUUCUGCGACUACUGCGACAGGUCCUUCCAGGACAACCUUCACAACAGGAAGAAACACCUCAACGGAGUGCAGCACCUCCGGGCUAAGAGAGCCUGGUACGACUUAUUCCGAGAUGCUGCCGCUAUCCUGCAAGAGGAGCAAACCAAGAAACCUUGUCGGAAGUUUCUGCAAACAGGCCAGUGUGAUUUCGGGUCCAACUGCAGAUUUUCCCACAUGACGGAGCAGGACCUGGAGAAGCUGAGCGCCCAGGUGCAAGGGGAGCAGAGGUCGAAGGAGUUGCAGCAGGAGGGAGCGGACAUCCCGCCCGGCACCAUCGAGGACUGGCUGGAGAGGAGAGCGAAGAGGCUGAGCGCCUGUCGCACUGAUACCCCUCUGCCCCUUCUCUCCCCAGCGCCCUGCCAGAGAACAUUCCAGUACCCGCCAGGGUGGCCCCCAGUGCAGGAUCUGCCCCCCUCCCUGCAGGCCCCCCCGCCUGGAGGCUGGCCGGUGCCCCCCGGCCUGCAGUGGGGCUGA